AUUACGUUGUUUUCUGAGGUAAAGAAAGAAAUGUGUUGCAAUGAUUGAGUUUAUGCAUACAUUAAGUUAAUUAUAUUAAUUUUAAAUUAUUAGGCAUCACACGUAUCUAUACACGGAUGGCUGAGAAUACAGUAUUUCACACUUUACGUGACAAAGGGAGACUUGAUUUCUCAGAGGCGAAAAAUGAAAAAGAAAACGAAGAAACGCAUUUACCAUCUCCGUCAACAUCUCGAAAAGUAAAGACAUUAGGAGAAUCACUUAACAAAGGCAAAGGAAAGGAAGAAAUAGUUUCAUUUAAAGAUAUAGAUUUAAAGGUGUACAACGACCCAGUCCAUGGCCACAUUCAGACCAACAAAGUCUGUCAGCUGAUAGUGGACACGCCCCAGUUCCAGAGGCUGCGGUUUUUGAGACAACUGGGCAUGGGCUACUUCGUCUUUCCUGGGGCUGCACAUAACCGAUUUGAGCACUCAUUGGGUACCUGCUACCUGGCCGGUAUAUUUGUGCGGACACUCCGAUCAAAUCAGCCCUUCCUUGGGAUUACAGAGAGAGAUAUCCUAUGUGUUGAGAUAGCUGCUCUCUGUCAUGAUCUGGGUCAUGGAAUUCUAUCCCAUUUUUAUGAUCAACACUUUAUGCGUAAAUACAAAGAGGAAUGUAUCGAGACUCGCGAGGAGCGCUCUGUCAUGAUGUUUGAGUACCUUUUGAGCAGCAACAACCUGUAUAGGGAGGACGGUAGCGGGAUUUUAUCAACCACCUACAAAUUUCGCGACAAAGACAUCGAAUUUAUAAAGGAACAGAUCUUGGGAAAGAAAAAGUACAAUGAUAACGGGAAAUGGGCUUUAACAGGACGCGGAAAGGAAAAAGAAUAUUUGUAUGAGAUAGUCUCAAACAAACGUAACGGCAUUGACGUGGAUAAAUUCGACUGUAUCGCCAGAGACUGCCACCAUCUGGGUAUUAAAAACAACUUCGACUAUUUCCGUUACAUGAAGUUUGCCAGAGUUAUAGAAGUUGAUGGCCAGAUGCAAAUCUGUUCGCGAGAAAAAGAGCUGAACAACCUGUACAACAUGUUCUAUACACGGUACACACUUUACAAGCUGGCCUACCAGCACAAGGUCAAAAUUGCUAUUGAGGCAAUGGUGAACAAAGCUCUUGAAAUAGCAGACCCACACAUGGAACUGGAGGGAUUCAGAAAAAAAACAUACCAAUUGUCUGAGUGCCAUAAAGACCCUGCAGCCUUAAUGCGCCUGACGGACAAUAUUCUGUUCGAGAUCUUAUACAGCAAUGAUGCAAAACUUGCAGAAUCGAAGAAGAUGAUUGAGAGAAUAUUCAGUCGGAAACUCUAUCAAACGGCUUUUGAAAGCAAGAUAAUACUACCAGACGACUUAGAACAGUAUGGCGGAGAAAAUGAAGACGAUAUUAAAAACAGUAUUAUUAAAGAAGUAUCAAAUAAGCUCAAAGAUAAGGACUUCAUUGUGGACAUCGUUCGUCGAGACUUUGAGUUGAGUGAAAACUACUCACUUGAUAGACUAAAUGUGUAUAGAAAGGGUAACGUCUAUCAAGCUUCACAACUCAAGCCGAAUGAGAUGAGCAAGAUUCUGGCCCCUCGCAAUGAGAGAGAAGUUGAAGUUCGCGUGUACUGUACCAGCACGGAUGAAGCCAAAGUAAAUGUUAUCAAAGAUGCAUGUCAACAAGUGUUACAUCGAAACAGACUUGUUGCUAACCAAUAAAAUACAGUAGAAACAAAGACUUUGAGAGCUGUGUGUUCUCGUAUAUUCAGUUAAAAACAAAUAUCAAUAAACAUUUCUACUAUAAUAAAAUUAUGAAGUUGACAAAUACUACACGCUGUCAUUUUAAAGUACUACACACUGUCAUUUUACAAGGCAAGCAUGACCGGCCCGCCACACAGAUAAGCUUUAUUUUAUGGAUUUAUAAGGCUAUUUGUGUCGUAGUUGAUAUUGAUUUGUUUUAUGGUUCGAUAUUUUUUUUUUAAAAACUGUAAUCGAUUUUCACGCUCAAAACUAUUUAAACUCAUAUUUGCAGCAGCUUAGACAACUAUAUUUAUGAAUUUAUUUUAUGUCUUACUGUAAUUUGUACGCUUUACCUUAGAUAGAAAAAAUAUGUUAAUGAAACAGUUCUGAGGUAUGGGCUUUCCAUGUAUUUACACUUUGGGUGUUGGUUUAAUAAUACUUCCUGGUGUGAAUAUAUAACCUUUUUGUUAUUUUUUCACUUUCUAUUUUAUUGACGCAUGAUUUAAAGUAAAGUAUUUGUAUGAAAACAAUGUUUUGAUUAUAUGUUUCGUUUAUUACAAUUAUUUGUGUAUUGAAUUAUGUUAAUUUAAAAUUUUAAAGAUAUUUAUGUGUGUAGCUC